CUAAACUGGAUUUAGAAAGUUGAAACCCGUCCCUCAGUCCGCUUCAAUGAAGCCCCACCACAACAUCUCAACUUUCAUCUCCUUCCCAUUCUCGUCAUUCAACUGCCGGCCGCCGCCGCUUCUUUUCUCCCUGUCGCAGCUACUCGAAUCCGCCGGAGAGACAGUCUCACAUUAUUCUUCGCCUACCUCUUCCCGGCCGGCGGUAUUACAUGCUCUAUAUAGCGACACAGGUGGCAUUCGGGAUGCGACCGUGACGGCAGGGGAGACACACACUAUCCGUUGCGUGAAGGUACAAGUUAACUUCGGGAAAACAACACUUGGGUCGCAGCAUACUGCUGGUUUUGUAACAAACUUGCAGAAAGCUAUCGGGCCAGCUGGUACAUACGUAGCUGUUAUCUCCUGCCAAUCUGCUGCUUUUCUGAAGACAAUGUGAUCAUCAGC